AUGUCUGAUGAGAAUAUACAGCAGUUUAUGGCUUUGUCCAAUGCGCCUCUAGAGGUCGCUCAAACGUAUUUGAACGAAUUUCCUGAUCUCGGGGACGCCUUGGAUGCAUUCUAUGCGGCUCAAAACGGAACUUCUGUAUCGUCAGAAGCACAAGAGCCUCAAAGUUCCCGCGCCUUAGGAAAUGUGGGAAAUGACAUCUCAAGCUCCAAGGGUUCUAGGGUGCCCUCCAAGUCCUCAUCCCCAGCAGCCGUCAAGAGAACUGGAAACUCAACUCCCAAGUUUAAGAGCUUUUCUGAUAUUUUGAAAGAAAAUACUCAAGACGAGGAUGAUGAACAGAGAAACACAUUUGCUGGAGGAGAAACCUCUGGUUUAGAAGUUGCUGACCCAGGUGAUCCAGACUCACUGAUAAGAGACCUGCUAGAGAAGGCAAGAAGAGGAGGUCAGAAACCUAGCAGUCACGAGGAUGAAAACGCUUCUGGCACAAGUCAAGAUAAAGAACAUCAUUUCACAGGGAAAGGUUUCAGACUCGGAUCGUCACUUGAUGCCCCAGCUCAAGUUACCAAUGAUACCCCGGAGGAACCAUUACCUUCGAGACCUCAAAAGGUUACACGCGAGAUUACGUUCUGGAAAGAAGGGUUCCAAGUCAAUGACGGAGAUCUGUACCGGUACGAUGACCCCGCAAAUAGUUACUACUUGAACGAAUUGAAUCAAGGUCGGGCGCCUUUGCGCUUAUUGAACGUCGAAUUUGGCCAAGAAGUGGACGUGAACGUUAAUAAGAAACUGGACGAGAGCUUCAAGCUACCCAAACGUAAAGUGCAGGGGUUCCACGGAAAAGGUCAUAGGUUGGGGUCACCUUUUCCGGGUGAAUCUGUAUCGCCUGAAGCGGCGCCAGAGCCAACUGCUAAGGACAGCUCGCCACCACUUGAAGAUAAAACAGAGGAGCCUAAGGGGGACACUAGUGUUCAAAUCAGGUACGCUAGCGGGAAGAGAGAGGUGUUGCGGUGCAAUUCCAAUGAUACUGUAAAGUUCUUGUAUGAUCACGUCAAGGAAGGAACGAGCACCAAUAAAGUGUUCACUUUGAAUCAUGCUUUCCCAGUAAAACCCAUCGAGGACUUUGAAAAAUGUCUGAAGGACGAAGGACUGUGUAACGCCGUUGUUGUCCAGAGAUGGGUCUAG